AUAAUGUGUUCAGCAUUGAAUUGAUUUUAAGAGUUAGUCUAGAUAGAAUUUUGUCGAUAAAAAGACAGUAAAAUCAUGGCUUCUGUCGCUCGGAGAUUCCCUCAACAUCUGAAAGAGCUGAGAAUUCACCUUUGCCAACGUUCUCCUGCAAGUGAAGGUGCAAGAGAUUGGGUGAAGACACAGUAUGUAGACAUCAAGAAAGCCAACCCUCGCUUCCCAAUCCUCAUCAGAGAAUGCAGUGGAGUUCAGCCCAAGGUCUAUGCAAGAUAUGAAUUUGGACAAGAGGCCAGUGCUGAUAUGACGGGAUUCACCACCAAGCAAGUCAGCGAGACCAUUCAGUCUCUAGUUGCUCAGCAACCAAAAUAACUAUGAAAAACUCAUAUUAAAUUUGGACAUUUCAAGAAAACACAGUGAUGGAUAUCAUAUAGCUGUGAAGUCUGCUAUGUUUCAGGAAGGAUGGAGGAGAUUUUUGUUGGACUACUGGACUGAAAGAAUUGCUGGUACACAAACCCUUUGGAAUGGAACAGCCUGGUAUCGGAUCUUGGAUGGAAAGAGAUUGUGACUUUGUGUUUUAUUUAGUCCGCAGUUAUAAAACAACCCCUUGGGAGUUUCAUUACCUUUGUUGUGCAUUGAUUCUGUGUGUCUGGUAGGCUUGGGGAAGGAGUUUUUCGUCAUUUUCUAAAAUGCCUCAAGUUUUCUAGUUUUGUGGAAUUAGGAAAGAGUGACAACACUUUACAAAAGACUGUCCCAAUCCCCCCUCCCCCCAGUUUUUCUCAUGUAGGCUCUGACUGCACAAGUGAUUAUGCCACUCAGCCCCCCCCCCCUCUCUCUCUCUCAUACUUCCAGUACAUGCAUUUUCUCACAAUGUACCUAAAAAAAAAUCACCCUUCUCCUUUUUCAUUCUGAUACCAUUGGUCCUGUACUUAUGACAACUUUACUGCACUUGCUUGUCUGCUAUUUUCAGAUUGAAGUUUUUGUAUUGUCAUGAUACAUGCCCUCAUAAGGCUCCUCAUCUCUUUUCACCCUAAGUUGGUUAACACUGUGUGAUGUAUUGAAGAAGCAAAAUGUAUACUUGAAUGGUAAUAAAUCUAUGAAAUAUAAUAUUUGAA